AUGCCAUUAUUAUCUGGCUCCAGAAUGCACAUUUACGGAGAGAUUCUGCGUUCGAUGCCGCCAUCCGAUGGCGGGGUCGCCAAGCAACCGUGCCACACGACAAACCACGAGACAAGCGUAGCAGAACUAUACAGCGCGUUUACUAUUGACAUACUCCUCGACGAAAACAGCCUAGCACUGCUAGCACUUGAACCACGUGUCGAGCGGGGCAAGCGGACGAGGGAUAUACCGAACUGGGCGACCGAUAUGAAUGACUCUGUGGAAUAUGGCGUCGACAGAUAUUACCGGCGUUGGGGCGACAAACAGAUCUAUAAUUCCUGUGGAGAAAAUCGUCUAGACAAGCAAGCCCUCACAGAUGCAACAGCGGACCCAAGCCACCAUUUCAAUGUGCUAGGUUUGACGGGCAUCAUGAUAGAUACCGUAGAUGUCUUGGCCCCCGCCAGGCUAACCAAGGGACCCUUCGAAACCAUACCCGAUGUGGUUAUCUCUCAGACGCUUCGGGAUUGGAUGGAUCUCGCACGCAGCCGUACGUAA